CAAGGUAAAGUCACAGGGACCCUACAAAUGUGGAGCUGAGCGCUACCCUGGCAGUCCACUGCCUCACUGGACAACAUGACCAGCCACUCCCAGGGAAUUCAUCAGCUACUGCAGGCAGAGAAACGGGCAAAGGAGAAGUUAGAAGAGGCCAAGAAGCGGAAGGGCAGGCGGCUGAAGCAGGCAAAGAGCGAGGCACAAGCUGAGAUUGAUCAAUACCGCCUACAACGCGAGAGGGAAUUUAAACACAAACAAGAUUCGAUAAUGGGAUCUCAAGGUAAUAUUUUGGCUCACGUGGAUGAACAGACCAAGACAAGAAUCAAUGAGCUAAUCAGCAACCAUGAGCAGAACAGCGAGAAGGUGCUGCAGAAGCUCUUGGGGCUGGUUUGUGAAAUCAAACCGGAAAUCCAUGUCAAUUACAGAGACACCGGCAACUAUUGACUGGAGGGCUGGAGAUAGCAAACCUGAUCAAACUGACGACAUGCUUUGAUUACAGACAACUGUGGCUGGAUAAUACUCCAUUGAUGCCAAAACAUUGUAUCUUCUUAAUUGUGAAUGCCUUGGGACUUGUUCCUGGUAUUAAAGGUGCUGUAUAAAAACAA